AUGGAGGUCUCGAGUAGAGAGGUGAAGCAAAUUUUGCAGAAAAUGGUGAAUGCGCAGUGGAAAGAUUGGUCUGAGAAAUUAGAUGAUGCGUUGUGGGCAUAUAGGACUGCAUAUAAGACACCAAUAGGGACUUCUCCCUAUCACAUAGUAUUUGGGAAAGCAUGUCACGUUUCGACAGAAUUAGAACAUCAAGCAUAUUGGGCGAUCAAGAAGCUGAACUUAGACCCUGAGCUAGCCGGUAAAAAGAGAAUGAAUCAGCUGCAUGAGCUUGAGGAGUUUAGGCUCCACGCAUAUGAGAAUGCCAAGUUAUACAAAGAAAAGACAAAGAGGUGGGCAUGA